UUCUCUCUCUCUCUCUCUCUCUCUCCGGUCAUGGCUUCUCGCAGAGUCUCAUCAUCUCUGCUCCGACCAUUCCUCCGUCGAUCUCCGCCGGGAAUUCAACCUCCGACCUCUUCAUGGUCAUUCUCUGUCCCAAACCUUUCGUCUCGCGCUUCUCCGAUCGCCAUUACAAAAUUUCCUCAUACUGAGGCACUUUCGAGAUUCGAGUUUCGUAAUGGUUUAGCGUCAUUGCUGGGAAGUUCUGGGCUGGGCUCGUCUCAGUGGGCUUCUGAGCUUGUACCACCUUUUGCUAGGAGAUUUAUGUCGACAGAGACAACUUCUGUUGAUUCUUCUUCUCAAGAUAGUGCCCCUGUGGAGCCUGAAGUGCCUCCUCGCAUCAAAUUUAAGAGAUUAGAUAAAACUGCACGGCACAUUAUGCAGAUUUUAGACAAGGAAGCAGUGGAGGAAGUGAGAGGGCAGAGAGAGAUACCUGAUAUAAAGCCCGGUUAUAUUGUGCAACUCAAAGUGGAAGUACCUGAGAAUAAAAGGCGUGUUUCUAUUAUAAAAGGCAUUGUUAUUGCAAGGCGUAAUGCUGGACUCAAUAGUACAUUCAGAAUUAGGAGGCUGGUGGCUGGGGUUGGGGUUGAAUCUCUAUUCCCUCUGUAUUCACCUAACAUAAAGGAGAUAAAGGUGCUUGACAAGAAGAAAGUGAGAAGGGCCAAACUCUACUACCUGAGGGAGAAAAUGAACGCACUUAAAAAUUGACAUCAAUCCUCAUCCUGGUGGACAUCUUUUAUGUCUCACAAUUUGUCAUACUAAUGCUUAGUAUCUACAUGUGUAUUCAUUUAUUUACUGCUGUUGACUCGUCAACUAGAUUUUUUGUUCAACGUGGCUUAUUACCACCCACCUAAGAUUAUGUAGUUUUAUUUCAAUCCUUAGAACCUGCCAUGUUUUUGGAAGGGUAAUAUGCAAGAAAUUGUAAUAAGAUGCAUUCGUGUUAAAAUUUUCUUGAAGGCAUAUUUUCCUGUUAA